CUUCUUUACUGUUACCCAGCUAUUCCCUGCCUCUUCUUCCUGCUAGCAUUUCAGUCCAGAAGUUUAGGAGUUUGAAGCUUAAGACUUCCUUAAAUUUCUUUGGUAACAAUCGACAUUUAGUCAAGACUGGGAACAAUGCUUCGGGUGAUUGUGGAAUCUGCGACCAAUAUCCCUAAAACCAAGUUUGGGAAACCAGAUCCUAUUGUUUCUGUUAUUUUUAAAGAUGAAAAGAAGAAAACGAAGAAAAUUGACAGUGAACUUAAUCCUGUUUGGAAUGAGAUCCUUGAAUUUGACUUGAAAGGAAUUGCUCUGGAUAAUUCAUCUUCCCUGACAAUUAUUGUGAAGGAUUUUGAAACAAUUGGACAAAACAAAUUAAUUGGCAAUGCAUCUGUAGCACUUAAGGAUCUUGUAGGUAACCAAAGCAGAUCUUUUCCCUUCAAACUCAUACCGCUGCUAAAUGAGAGGGGACAAGAAACUGGAGCAACAAUUGAUUUGGUAGUAGGAUAUGAGCCACCAGCUGGUCCUGCAAAUCCAAAUGAUCCAGGAGGGACCAAUACACAAGAAGAUGGAGAAGAUGAUGGAGGUUAUGAGGAUGGCUUGGAUGGUCCAGUUGGUGGUAUCACACCAACAGUUCCAAGUGACACAAAGGAAGCCCAGCUAGCUAAACGCAUCACCAAAGGAAAGAAAACACGGAGAAUCCUUUCUAACAAACCACAAGAUUUCCAGAUUCGUGUUAGAGUAAUUGAAGGUCGUCAGUUGCCUGGAAAUAACAUAAAACCAGUAGUCAAAGUUCAUGUUUGUGGUCAGACACACCGAACAAGAAUCAAAAGAGGAAACAACCCAUAUUUUGAUGAAAUAUUUUUCUACAAUGUCCACAUGACUCCUUUGCAGUUGCUUGAUGAAACAGUUAGCAUUCGGGUAUAUGAUUCUUACUCUCUACGGGCAGACUGUCUAAUGGGAGAAUUUAAGAUUGACAUUGGCUAUGUUUAUGAUGAGCCUGGCCAUGCAGUCAUGAGAAAAUGGCUUUUGCUGAGUGAUCCUGAAGAUACGAAUUCAGGAGCUAAAGGGUAUAUGAAAGUCAGCAUGUUUGUCCUGGGAACUGGAGAUGAACCACCAGUUGAAAAAAGGGAAAGAGAUAAUGAAAGUGAUGAUGUGGAGAGCAAUCUGUUAUUACCUGCUGGAAUUGCACUUCGAUGGGUCACUUUCCUUCUCAAAAUCUACAGAGCUGAGGACAUUCCACAAAUGGACGAUGCUUUUGCACAGACUGUCAAGGAAAUAUUUGGAGGAGAAGCAGACAAGAAAAACCUGGUAGAUCCAUUUGUAGAAGUUUCUUUUGCUGGCAAAAAGGUUUGCACAAAUAUAAUUGAGAAAAAUGCUAAUCCAGAGUGGAAUCAAAUUAUUUAUCUUCAAAUCAAGUUUCCCUCGAUGUGUGAGAAAAUAAAACUUGCAGUUGUUGACUGGGAUCGUCUUACAAAAAAUGAUGUAGUAGGAACAACAUAUUUAAGUCUCUCAAAAAUUGCUUCUUCUGGAGGAGAAGUUGAAGAAUUUUCAUCUUCGGGAACAGGGGCUUCGUCAUAUGAAGUAAACACUGGAGAAACUGAAGUUGGCUUUUUACCAACAUUUGGGCCUUGUUACCUAAACUUUUAUGGAAGUCCAAGAGAAUAUACUGGAUUCCCAGACCCAUAUGAUGAAUUGAACUUUGGAAAGGGAGAAGGAGUUGCUUAUAGAGGGAGAAUUCUGGUUGAACUAUCUACAAUACUUGAAAGCAAACCUGUUAAUAAAAAGUUAGAGAUGAUUCCUAACGAUGACUUACUGGUUGUUGAGAAGUACCAGCGCAGACGAAAGUUCUGCUUGGCUGCUGUGUUUCAUUCUGCUACCAUGCUGCAAGACACUGGUGAGCCUAUCCAGUUUGAAGUUAGCAUUGGUAAUUACGGCAACAAGUUUGAUACCACCUGUAAACCUUUGGCAUCAACAACUCAGUACAGUCGUGCUGUUUUUGAUGGUAAUUACUAUUACUACUUGCCAUGGGCAAACACAAAGCCAGUUGUAACACUGACAUCCUUUUGGGAGGACAUAAGUCAUAGAUUAGACCCUGUGAAUGUAAUCCUAAACAUGACAGAAAGACUGCAAUCCAACUUGGCCGCCUUAAAAUCAGGAAUGCAGGCUAAAAUUGCAGAAAACCAAUUAGCUGAGAUGUGGUUGAAGCUGAUUGAUGAACUUACAGAUGAUGUGAGUAAACCAUUUCCCCUCAUAGAAGGCAAAUCUAAUAUUACAGUCCUUGACACUCAGAUAGAAAAACUGCGCCUCAAGUCUCUCAAACAGAUUGGAGAAGCAGCAGCGAGGAUGAGAAAUGAAGCUACUGAUGUGAAAGCCACUCUGACAGAAAUUGAGGAUUGGUUGGAUAAAUUACUGCAGCUGAGUGAAGAGCCACAAAACAGUAUGCCUGAUGUAAUCAUAUGGAUGAUCCGAGGGGAGAAAAGACUGGCUUAUGCUCGUGUUCCUGCACACCAAGUGCUGUAUUCCACAACGAGCCCCGAAUCAUCUGGUAAAUAUUGUGGAAAGACCCAAACGAUCUUCUUAAAGUACCCACAGGACAAGACGAAAGAUGUCAAAAUGCCUGCGGAGUUGCGAAUUAACAUUUGGCUUGGGCUCAGUGCAGUUGAAAAGAAGUUUAAUAGCUUUGCAGAAGGAACGUUCAGUGUUUUUGCAGAAAUGUAUGAAAAUCAGGCUCUUCUGUUUGGAAAGUGGGGUACCUCAGGACUUGUUGGUCGCCACAAGUUUUCUGAUGUCACAGGAAAAAUCAAACUGAAAAGAGAGUACUUUCUACCCCCAAAGGGCUGGGAGUGGGAAGGAGAAUGGAUGGUGGAUCCUGAAAGAAGUUUGUUGACUGAAGCUGAUGCUGGUCAUACAGAGUUCACUGAUGAAGUAUAUGAAAAUCAGAGUCGCUAUCCUGGAGCGGAAUGGAAAGCAGCUGAAGAGGGUUACACAGAUGUGAAUGGAGAAAAAGCUCCACCCCCAUGUGAGUUCACAUGUCCUCUUGGAUGGAUGUGGGAAGAUGAUGCUUGGAAAUCCGAUUUAAAUCGAGCAGUGGAUGAGCAAGGGUGGGAAUAUGGAAUCACUAUUCCUCCAGACACUAAACCAAAGUCAUGGGUUGCUGCAGAGAAAAUGUACCAUACCCAUCGACGACGAAGACUGGUGCGGAAACGUAAGAGGGAUCCAGCUCAAGCAGUAACAGCAGGAAGGGGAAUGUCAUCAUAUGAAGAUCAGGAAGGAUGGGAAUAUGCUUCUUUGAUUGGCUGGAAAUUCCACUGGAAGCAACGCAGUUCUGAUACUUUCCGUCGAAGAAGAUGGAGACGAAAAAUGGCUCCCUCAGAAACACAUGGUGCAGCAGCUAUCUUUAAACUUGAAGGUGCUUUGGGAGCAGACACCAGUGUUGAUGAUGAAGGGAAGAGUUCAGACAAAACCAGGGAGGCAGCUACAAAGGUGUUUGGUGCCAAUACACCGCUUGUUUCCUGCUACUUUGACAGAGUAUAUACCUACCACCUUCGGUGUUAUGUCUACCAGGCAAGAAAUCUCAUGGCUUUAGACAAAGACAGUUUUUCAGAUCCGUAUGCUCACGUGUCUUUCCUCCAUCAAAGCAAAACAACUGAGAUCAUUCAUUCAACUCUAAAUCCUACAUGGGACCAAACUCUUAUAUUUAAUGAAAUUGAGAUCUAUGGGGACCCACAGACAGUAGCCCAAAAUCCACCUAAUGUUGUUAUUGAACUUUUUGACAGUGAUCAAGUGGGUAAAGAUGAAUUCCUUGGAAGAAGUAUUUGCUCUCCCAUGGUCAGGUUAAUCCCAGAGGACGACAUCACACCAAAAUUGCUCUGGUAUCCUGUAACAAAUAAUGGCAAAGCUAGUGGAGACAUUCUUUUUGCUGCAGAACUUAUUUUGAGGGACAAGGGUGGCGCCAACCUUCCAAUUCUUCCAUCACAAAGAGCACCUAAGCUUUACAUGGUACCUCAAGGAAUCAGACCAGUAGUUCAACUCACUGCUGUUGAGAUUCUGGCUUGGGGUUUGCGGAACAUGAAAAACUACCAACUGGCACCUGUUAUGUCUCCAAGUCUCAUUGUGGAAUGUGGGGGUGAAAUGGUGGAAUCUGUGGUGAUCAAAAACCUCAAAAAGACACCUAAUUUUCCAUCUUCAGUUCUCUUCAUGAAAGUUCUUUUGCCAAAAGAGGAGUUAUACAGUCCAUCUCUUGUUAUUAAAGUAAUAGACCACAGACCUUUUGGACGGAAGCCGAUCGUGGGACAGUGUACUAUUGAUCUGCUGGAAAGCUUUCGCUGUGACCCCUACACUACUAAAGAAGACAUUGCACCACAACUGAAAGUUAGUCUGCUCUCUGCUGCACCUCGCCAGCAUACGAUAAUUGAAAUGGAAGACAGACAGCCACUGCUAGCAGCUCAGCUUACGGAAAAGGAGGAAGAAAUUGUUGAUUGGUGGAGCAAAUUUUAUGCUUCAGUAGGAGAACAUGAAAAAUGCGGACAGUAUAUUAAAAAAGGAUAUGACACUUUAAAGGUAUACGACUGUGAAUUGGAAAAAGUACCUGAAUUUAAUAGCUUAACCGAUUUCUGUGAUACAUUUAAACUAUACAGAGGCAAAUCUGAGGACAGUGAUGAUCCAUCAGUGGUCGGUGAAUUCAAGGGAUCCUUUAAAAUCUAUGCACUACCUGAUGAUCCCACUAUUCCGGCUCCUCCUCGCCAGUUCCGUGAGCUACCAGACAGUGGGCCUCAGGAGUGUAUUGUGCGAAUUUAUAUUGUUCGAGCUCUGCAGCUUCAGCCCCAGGAUAAUAAUGGGCUGUGUGAUCCGUAUAUAAAAAUAUCCCUAAGUAAAAAAGUAAUUGAAGACAGAGAUAAUUAUGUGCCUAAUACUCUCAACCCAAUUUUUGGCAGAAUGUAUGAACUCAGCUGCUUCUUGCCUCAAGAAAAGGAUCUGAAAAUUUCAGUCUAUGACUAUGAUGCAUUGACUCGUGAUGAAAAAGUGGGUGAAACCAUAAUUGAUCUUGAGAACAGAUUCCUUUCUCGUUAUGGAUCUCACUGUGGCAUCCCACAGCAGUAUUGGAUUUCAGGUGUGAAUACCUGGCGUGAUCAACUAAAACCAACCCAGUUAUUGCAAAACGUAGCCAGGUUUAAAGGCUAUGCUCCUCCUGUCCUCUCUGAGAAUGGCAGAAAGAUUAACUACGGGGGACAAGACUAUACUUUGGAGGAAGCGGAAGCCAACAAAAUUUUGCAUCAGCAUCUUGGCCCAGGUGAAGAGCGGCUAGCCCUUCAUAUCCUCAGAACCCAGGGUUUGGUACCCGAACAUGUAGAGACCAGGACCUUAUAUAGCACCUUCCAGCCCAACAUCUCCCAGGGAAAGCUCCAGAUGUGGGUCGAUGUUUUCCCCAAAAGCUUAGGACCACCAGGCCCUCCCUUCAACAUCACUCCCCGAAAAGCCAAGAAGUAUAUCUUGCGGGUGAUUGUCUGGAACACCAAAGAUGUUCUUCUGGAUGAAAAGAGCAUCACAGGGGAAGAAAUGAGUGACAUUUACGUGAAGGGAUGGAUGCCUGGUAAUGAAGAAAAUAAGCAGAAAACCGAUGUUCACUACCGAUCGUUGGAUGGUGAAGGGAACUUCAACUGGAGAUUUGUGUUCCCUUUUGACUAUCUCCCGGCAGAGCAACUCUGUGUCGUUUCCAAAAAGGAACAUUUUUGGAGUCUUGACAAGACAGAAUUCAGAAUCCCACCCAAACUGAUCAUUCAAAUAUGGGAUAAUGACAAGUUCUCCUUGGAUGACUACCUGGGCUUUGUGGAACUCGAUUUACAUAAAACAAUCAUUCCAGCAAAAGUUCCUGAGAAGUGCAAUAUAGACAUGAUUCCAGAAUACAAGGCAGACAGUCCUCAGAAGGCUCCCAGGACUGCCUCUCUCUUUGAACAGAAAUCCAUGAAAGGAUGGUGGCCAUGUUAUGUUGAAAAGGAUGGUGCCCAUAUUUUAGCGGGUAAAGUCGAAAUGACAUUGGAAGUUGUCAAUGAAAAAGAAGCUGAGGAAAGGCCAGCCGGUAAAGGAAGAGAUGAACCCAACAUGAACCCCAAACUAGAUCUACCAAACCGACCAGAUACUUCCUUCCUUUGGUUUACAAAUCCCUGCAAGACAAUGAAAUUUAUUGUGUGGCGCAGGUUUAAAUGGCUCUUUAUAGGGCUUAUCAUCUUGCUGAUUUUACUCCUGUUUGUAGCAGUACUCCUCUAUUCGUUGCCGAACUAUUUGUCAAUGAAGAUCGUGAAACCAAUUUAAAGAAGACCUUUUUUUACGUCAUCUUUUUAAGCAGUAAUAAGGUUUCGCCUCAGUCUGUGGACCAAAUUGGGCAAGGCUCUCCUUCCUUUGGAACUGUAAAAUAGAGAACUAAGAAUUUAACCAAGGAUAGCCAAGGUUCAAGAGGUCACGGCAGGUGUUUUGAAAAAACAAAAGGAUAAACCCCCUCAUGCUUCAUGUACAUUUUUUUACUUCAGUAGUAUUAAACAUCAUAGCAAAGUUCUGACUUCCUUGCUUUCAAACUCGAUUUUUCAUCAAAAUCACUCAAGAGGCUGCCUACUAUUGCUCUCUCCAUUUUUUAUACUUCCUUUUCAGAAUACCUCUCUAUUGGACACACUUUGAAACUUUGCAUUUUAAUUUAAUCAAAAACAAGCACUACUUAUGUAUACCAAAGAAACCUCACAGUGCAAUCAAAGAACGGUCAGACAUUGUUUCUAGAAAAGUUUUCAGCACCAUGACGCUUAAAAUUCUUUGUUACUGCACUGCAGACUUGACAAUGCUAUGUAUGUAUCUUGACAACUGCAUGCACAGAGAAAUAAAUACUACACUGUUUAUUUGGUAUAAUUUACACAUGUUUAAAUAAACUUAUCCACAAGUAAAA